AUGCCGCCGUCGCAGUUGAAGCAGCUCAAGGCCUCUCUCCGCGAUAGUGGAGUGUUGGGGCCACAGCAGUCGAAAAAGCAAAAGCGCCAGAAUGUGAAGAGUGGUGCUGCGGCGCAAAAUCGAGUCCAGCGCAAUGCCGCUUUGCAGUCAAUUCGAGACCGGUUCAAUCCAUUCGAAAUAAAAGCGGGGGGUACACGGACAAAAUUUGAUGUGACAACUCGAGAUGGGAAUUCAGGUACAGCUGCUUCGCGUGCGCGACCUGGUGUUACCAAGUCACUGGGAGAAGAAAAAAGACGCCAAACGCUAUUACGAGAGAUGGAGAAGAGGAACAAGGUCGGUGGUAUAUUAGAUCGUCGAUUCGGUGAAGAUGACCCGACUAUGACGCCUGAAGAGAGAGCCGCCGAACGUUAUGCUAGAGCAAGUCAGCGCAAGAUGCGGAAGGAAUCAAUGUUCAAUCUGGAGGGGGAUGACGAGGAAGAAGAAUUCCAACUCACACACAAAGGCCAGUCUUUGAACGAUGUCGACCAAGACGAUUUCCAAGAAGGUGACUUGGGCGGGCUGGAAGAUGAUGCCUCAGAUUCCGAAGUAGCCCGAAAAAGGAAACGAGUUCUCUUCGAUGAUGGCGAGAUGGAUGGCCCAGAGGAUUUAGAAGACGGGGAGGAACAUCCCGAACGAAAGAAAUCAAAACACGAAGUUAUGAAGGAGGUCAUUGCCAAGUCAAAAUUUCACAAGUAUGAGCGACAAAAAGCUAAGGAGGACGAUGACGAUCUCCGUGAAGAACUCGACAAAGGACUUCCUGAUCUUUUCGAAAUGCUAAGAGGAGUGAAGCCACCGCCAAAGCCAGAACCUCCGAAGAGUGAUCUGGCAUCUAUGAACCCAGAUCGCGCUGCUCUUAUGGAGGGCAUAGCCAAAGGAGAUACUGAAAAGGAAUAUGACCAGCGCCUCAAGCAAUUAACAUUUGAUAAGCGAUCCAAGCCAACGGACCGCACAAAGACAGAGGAGGAGAAAGCCGCGGAAGAAGCAGAGCGGCUGAAGGCUCUAGAAGAAGAGCGUGUUCGGAGAAUGCGUGGCGAGGACGUAAGUGAGUCAGAAGAGGAGGAGGAAGACGAAAAGGAAGAGGAAGGAAGUGACAUGUCCGAAGACGAAUCCAUCCCAGAUGACGCGAAGGCUUUUGGUUUGCAACAAUCUUCGGGUCAGACCAGUACUCUUCCCGAGCUUGGCGUCGAAGACGAGGAUGAUUUUAUAAUCGAUGAUGAUCUAGUUGAGACGAGAUCCAAUGUUAGCUUAUCAAUCGGCGACAGUGAUGAGGAGGUAUUAUCUGGAGAAGAGUCAGAAGAGGAAGUGGAAGAGGACGAAGAAGACGAGCUGAUCAACGGCUUUACUCUCCCUAGCGAUAACGCUGGAGAAGUCCCUGCUACAGGUGAUGCACCAGAAGCUAAUGAAGGGUUGGCUUAUACAUACCCUUGCCCGAAGAAUCAUGAAGAGUUCCUCGAGAUCAUUAAUGAUGUGCCCAUGGAGGACCUUCCGGUGGUCGUUCAGAGAAUUCGAGCUCUACACCAUCAUCGUCUGCACCCGGACAAUAAGAAGAAGCUUGGCCAGUUCUCUCGCAUCCUUAUUCAACACGUCGCCUACAUGGCCGAACAGCCCGAGCAUCCUCCUUUUGCCAUUCUUGAGAACAUCCUCCGUCACGUCCACUCUCUAGCAAAGAGCCACCCCGAGAGCGUCUCUCAGGAGUUCAGGGCUCGUCUACGUGAAAUCGCAGCAGACCGUCCACUUAAUCUCCGGCCCAGUGACCUGGUCAUUCUAACCGGAAUUGCCACUACCUUCCCAACAUCUGAUCACUUCCACGCCGUCGCAACGCCGGCGCAACUGUGCCUUUCGCGAUACCUGGGACAGGGUGCCGUGAACACUCUCGCAGAUUUUGCAACGGGUGCCUAUGCCGCAAGCCUGGCUCUCCAAUACCAAUCGGUUUCCAAGCGCUACAUGCCCGAAUUGAUCAACUACGUCCUCAACGCCCUGUGUAACCUUGCCCCGGAGGAGCCAAAGAGCAGCCUUGGUCUCUUCCCGUCUCGGAGACCGGAGGAAUCUCUACGACUGAAGAUCUCCAAAUCGCUGAAAUCGAGGAAACUCCAGUUCUGGGACGUUACUGGCCCGGAAAGCCCGAAAGCCCAAGAGGAGCUCAAGAUUUCCCUCAUUAACACAUUCAUAUCUCUCCUUGGCACCGCCUCCGAUAUGUGGUCCGACAUGUCUGCUUUCCUUGAGAUCUUCGAUCAAGCUCAGAAAGUCUUUAGCUUCCUGAGCCGAUCCUGCAAGGGUAAGAUUCCCUCCGCUGUUCAAGACACCCUGCAGUCGACCCUCGAUAAACUCGACGGCCACACCUCGAAAGCCCGCCUUACUCGUCGCCCGCUUCUACUCCACGAUCACCGCCCGCUGGCUAUUAAAACCGCCAUCCCCAAGUUCGAGGAUACAUUCAACCCAGACAAGCACUACGACCCCAACCGCGAGCGUGCGGAAGCCAACCGGCUCAAGGCCGAGUACAAGCGCGAGCGCAAGGGCGCCAUGCGGGAACUACGCAAGGAUGCCAACUUCAUUGCGCGCGAGAAGCUGCGCGAAAAGAAGGAGCGCGAUGCCGAGUACGAGAAGAAAUACAAACGACUUGUGGCCGAGGUGCAGAACCAGGAGGGCAGAGAGGCCAAUGCUUACGAGAGGGAGAGGAGAUUGCGCCAGGGCAAGCGGUAA